UAUUCAGGUGUGACUGGCUCCUAUGUUAAAGGGACUCAUUUUUGUUUACUCAUUCUUUCUUCCCCUCAAUUCUAAUUUUGUCUUUUUUUUCCCUAGCUUUUGCUAUUUGGUUCUCUAGUGCACAGAAAUAGCUACAAUUCUGGCUGAGUGCCAUUAUAAUUACGCAUCCAGAUCUUCUAGGAGGACAGAGAUAAGAGUAACAGCAUGGCCUCAACAUGUCUCCAGCUUCUUGCUUUCAUCAUGGCCUUAUCUGGGUUCUCCGGAGUGCUCACUGCCACUCUGUUGCCAAACUGGAAAGUGAAUGUAGACACAGGCUCCAACAUCAUCACUGCCAUCGUACAGCUGCAUGGGCUGUGGAUGGACUGCACGUGGUACAGCACCGGGACGUUCAGCUGUGCCCUGAAAUACUCCAUUCUGUCCCUCCCCAACCACGUGCAGGCUGCCAGGGCCACCAUAGUCCUAGCGUGUGUUCUGUCUGCUUUGGGGAUCUGCACUUCUAUAGUAGGAAUGAAAUGCACUCACUUAGGAGGGGAUGGAGAAACUAAGAGUCACGCUUCCUUUGCUGGAGGCAUCUGCUUCAUGUGUGCUGGAAUCUGUGGCUUAAUCUCAACAGUGUGGUACAUGAAGGAGAUCAUAGCUAACUUUCUGGAUCUGACAGUUCCAGAAAGCAACAAACACGAACCUGGAGGCGCUGUCUACAUUGGAUUCAUUUCAGCGGUGCUGCUAUUCAUCGCUGGCAUUGUUUUCUGUACUUCCUAUACAAAAAAGAAUCCAGAACCUUGGCUCUACCCUCCCAACCAGGAACAUAACCCUACCACACAGCUAGAGAAGAAUUCAGCGUACAACCUCAAGGAUUAUGUGUAA